UUCUGCGUGCUGAGCCCACUCCGUGACGUCACUUCUCCCCGAGUCCCAGGACCACCCACCAUGUCGGCAGUUACGGAGGUUCAGAACACCACAACCGAGGCCCUGGCCGCCCUGCUAGACGGGGGUGACGGCGCCCUGGUGACGCUGGUGGCGGGCGAGACGAGGGUGGCGGCUCACAGGGCCGUGUUGGCAGCCGCGAGCCCCGUGUUCGCAGCGAUGUUCGCGCACGACAUGCUGGAGGCCAGCUGCGGCCAGGUGAGGAUCGACGACGUGGAGGGCCCGGUGCUGAGGCUCCUGGUGGCCUACACGUAUACCCUGCAGGCCCCCCAGCUGCCCGACACGGCCGCCCAGCUGCUCUCGGCGGCCGACAAGUACGGCUUGUCGGCUCUGAAGGCUGCCUGCGAGCGGCAGCUGAUCUCGCAGUUGGCCGUCGAGACCGCAGCGGCGACGGCCGUCAGGGCAGUGAGGCACUCGUGCCCGGACGCCACCAGGGCUGCCGUCGCCUUCAUAAAGGACCACCUGCAGGUGAUGGCCACGCAGGGCUGGGCAGACGCUGUGCUCGAGUACCCGCAAGAAGUCAUUGAAGUCAGCAGUAUGCUCGGCGAGCCACCAGCAGAAGCCAGCUCGCCGACCGCCACAGGGGGCGGGUCCACCCCCAACUCCGACCGUCAACCCCACAGCGGCCACAGCCGGACUCCUGCUGCAGCUGCGCCUCCCACGUCUGCCCGACACACCCCUCCACCUGAUGACGCAGCCGUCUCUCGCUACCGGAGCCUUUCUGAGGAGGAGCGAGGCAGGAGGCUGAGAGAGGCGGCUAAGGAGGGGGCGGUGGAGGAGGUGCGGCUGUUGCUGGCGGCUGGGGCGGACGUGGGGACGGGGUGUACGGGGGGACCGCCCUGCACUGGGCUGCAGAGAGAGGCCACGCGGCUGUGGAUCCUGACUGAGGAGCAGAAGCAGACGCUGGCUGGGAGGCUGAUCAUUGCUGCGCCACAGGGUCAGACCGGCCAAGUGCGGGCACUCCUGGAUGCGGGGUCGCCAGUCAACGUGACAGACGCCAGUGGCGACGCUGCCCUGCAUGAAGCAGUGGUGAAUGGCCACGAAGAAACUGUCAAGUGCCUGAUUGAUGCCGGGGCAGGUGUCGACGUCAGGGACUCGGAUGGGAUGACGCCACUGCACUGGGCUGCAUGUGGAGGUGGCGAGCAGCACGAGGGGGUGUGUGUUACCGGCUGUAUAGCGCGGGACGAGAUGAACGGCCUGUGGCGUGGAUGGGACGCAGGCUGCUCGGCCGUGCCGACACCGACGUCGACGCCUCGCCCGCCCUGCCGCAGCCGUUCCCUCGCCUGCCUGGCAACGCCGCCCCGUGACGUCAGAGCUGGGUGGGGGCAGCCGCGCGCCCCGGCUGUCGCUGCGGCCCAGUUCACAGUUGACUGUUGA